AUGUACUACUGGGAGACAGGCUGCUGCCAGAGGAUUGCACGAUCUAGCUGCUUCGAAAACUUGACCCUUCUGAUGAUAGCUGUCAAUUCUAUUUGGAUUUGGAUCGACACAGAUUUGAAUUCCUCAGAAACCCUCCUUGAUGCAGAGCCUGUUUUUGUUAUCAUGGAGAACCUGUUCUGCGUCUACUUUUGUGUGGAGUUGGGGUUUAGAUUUGGAGCCUUCAAGCAAAAGAAGAACUGCGCCAAAGACGCCUGGUUUGUCUUCGACUCUGUCCUAGUGGGUUUGAUGGUGUUUGAGACUUGGAUCUUAACCGUAGCAGUCGCAUCGAUGGGCUCUGGGGCGACAAGCGCUCCGGGCUUUCUGAGAGUGCUGCGCCUCUUCCGUUUGACGCGAAUGGCACGGAUGGCAAGGCUUCUUCGGGCUUGCCCCGAGCUUUUUGUGAUGCUCAAAGCCAUUGGAGCUGCACUUCGGUCAGUGAUGUUUGCCCUGCUCCUUCUGUUGGGCCUGGUCUACGUUUUUGCCAUUGCCACUUUCCCUUAUUAUAUAGAUGACGCAUCUUAUUGCGCAACGUGGGCUGGUUGCCCAGUUGGAACCGAUUUUGCACAGCAUUUUGCAUUGACUUUUGCCUCGUGCCCAGGUUUUCACGCAAACGCUUGA